GUUGUUAGCCAAAUAUUUGAAUCAGAGCUACGUGCGAUUUCUGUUUGGGACAUUCAAUAACGUCCGAGUGGUGAGUUUUUAACGACAUAUAGCUUCGUUAAUUACAUAACCUUAACUUAUUAGAUAGCUAACUGGUUGACUAGUUAAUUUGAAGUAUAAGCGCGUAGCAAGAGUUGUCUCUCGUUAGCUAGCUAGGUUAGUCCAAACAGAUACAACUGAACAGAAAGUGCAAGAAACAUGAGAAAUCACAGCCAACUCCGCCAGUGAACCCUCAGGGGGAUGGUGUUGAGUGUUGGUCAGUGUGUGUGUGUGUGUGAGCAGCUUGCGACUCAGGGAGUGUGAUUGAAAAUGGCGGACGGAACAGACGAUGAUGACGUUAUUCACCUGGCCAGCUUCAACAUCCACCGCAGCCAAGGUCGUCGGUCCCGCAGGAGGACCUUCAUCACCAUAUCAGAUGACUCUGAUGAGGAGCCGGUUACUCUGGUCCCCAACAGUCCUGCCCACGAUGAUGACGUCAGCAUACUAGAGCCCCUGACCCUGGCACGGCAACGUGUGAUUCGUCCAGCAGCACUGUGGGGAGGGGCCUCUGAAGGCGAUGGACCAAUCAUAGAGCUAAAAGAGUUUGAAGGUCAUCAGACAUCGGGGUCACAGCCAGGGAACCCACACACAACCGCCACACCCUCUACAUCCAGAGACAGAGACACCACCACCACCUCAUCGACGUCACAGUACAGAGACACCACCACCCCAUCGACGUCACAGUACAGAGACACCACCACCCCAUCGACGUCACAGUACAGAGACACCACCACCCCGUCGACGUCACAGUACAGAGACACCACCACCCCGUCGACGUCACAGUACAGAGACACCACCACCCCAUCGACGUCACAGUACAGAGACACCACCACCCCCUCUACAUCCAGAGACACCACCACCACCCCGUCGACGUCACAGUACAGAGACACCACCACCACCCCGUCGACGUCACAGUACAGAGACACCACCACCACCCCAUCGACGUCACAGUACAGAGACACCACCACCCCCUCUACAUCCAGAGACAGAGACACCACCUCAUCGACGUCACAGUACAGAGACACCACCUCAUCGACGUCACAGUACAGAGACACCACCCCAUCGACGUCACAGUACAGAGACACCACCCCAUCGACGUCACAGUACAGAGACACCACCACCCCAUCGACGUCACAGUACAGAGACACCACCACCCCAUCGACGUCACAGUACAGAGACACCACCACCACCCCAUCGACGUCACAGUACAGAGACACCACCACCCCAUCGACGUCACAGUACAGAGACACCACCACCCCAUCGACGUCACAGUACAGAGACACCACCACCACCCCAUCGACGUCACAGUACAGAGACACCACCACCCUAUACAGAGCUGUGGUACGACCCCACAUCCAGUCCCAGCCCAGACCAUCCACCUCGACCUUAACACAGACCAGACCUCAACCCCAGACCAGGCCUGUCCUGCAGGAGGUCAAGUUAGUUCUGCUCCCUCCGGUCCAGACCCCUGCUCCCCUACAGCAGCUCCAUCCUGGACCCCUCAACCAGCCCCGGCCCCGGCCCCCCCUGCAGCCUCAUGCUCUCCUGCUAACCCAUGCCUUCCAGAUGCAGCAGCCAAGAGCCCUUCAGCCCCGACCCGCUCCCCAAAGGUGGCCUGCGGGCCCCUGUGCCGACCUUGCCCCCCCGGUGCUGAUAGCUGCGGCCCCAGAGCCUCUGGGCCCCCCGGAGACCGGCCAUCGCAUCACCCUGGGCAGCCAGACCCCUGGGGGCCCCAACCCCCAGCCCAGAGCCUCGCUGCUGGCACACGACCGCCCUCUGUCCCUGGAGCCACAGGUGGUGGUUGUGGUUAACCGGCCAGCCACUCAGUUUCCUCUCCCCGACCCAGCUCUCGCUGUUCCCCAAAACCCUAACCCCAUAGCCCCAGCCCCUAACCCUCCAGCUGCCAUCCCAGCACCUAUAGCCAUAGCCCCGGCCCCUGACCCUCCAGCUGCCAUCCCAGCACCUAUAGCCAUAGCCCCGGCCCCUGACCCUCCAGCUGCCAUCCCAGCACCUAUAGCCAUAGCCCCAGUUGUCCCGGCCCCUGUUGUCCCUGUCCCGGCCCCUGUUGUCCCUGUCCCGGCCCCUGUUGUCCCUGUCCCGGCCCCUGUUGUCCCUGUCCCGGCCCCUGUUGUCCUUGCCCCGGCCCCUGUUGUCCCCAGGGCAGCAGAGGAGAGGGCAGGUCCCUCAGUCCUACAGGAGGUCCAGAGACCAGAGAGACCUCAGCUGCAGCCCCACGUCAGAGCACUGGUCAGAGGAGUGUUGGAUCUGUUUCCUGAUGUCCAGGAGAACUAUGUAGCAGAACUGAUCCAGACCAAUGACCUGAAAGAUCUCAAUGUUAUCUGCAACGUGUUGCUCGAGAACCCAGCCUUCCCUCAGAGACAGAGUUCAUCCUCAGCGUCUCAGACCAGCAUCCUACUGGAACCUUCCUUCAACAACACACAGUCUGCAGAGGACCUGUUUGACUACGGGUCGUUGGGUCCGGUGGGUCCAGAGGUGGUGAUGCAGGCAGCUGACCUCUUGAUGGGAGACUUCAGGAUGAUCUCCUGUCAGGACAUCAAAUGGAGCCUCAACGCCAUGAAGGGGCACUACGCAAUCACACGCAAGGCCUUAUGUGAAGCGGUGAAGCAGCUGCAAGACUCUGAGUCGUUAGAGAAGAGAAAACGCAGGAGACACACUGGAGAACGCUGCUACAUAGACUUCAAGUUCCAACACGGGUCAGUGAAGUUGGAGAAGAGGAUGUAUUUCCUGGAGAAGAAUCGUCGCGGCUGCAGAACGUAUGGAGCUGCUCUUGACCAGUCAUUACAGAGAGAGAUCACCUUCUAUCAACAGAAAGCCAAGGAACACGCUGAGCAUGAAGACUUCCUAUUGGCUCUGCAGGUUAAUGAGGAGGAGUAUGAGAAGGACGGCCAGCUGAUAGAGUGCGGGUGUUGCUGUGGGGACUUUGCCUUUGAGAAGAUGACCCAGUGUUCUGAUGGACAUCUCUUCUGUAAAGAGUGUCUGGUUAAAUAUGCUGAGGAGGCUGUGUUCGGCUCAGGACAGUCGUCUCUAAGCUGUAUGGAAGGAGGCUGUUCCUGUUCCUUCCCCGUGUGCGAGUUGGAGAAGGUUCUACCGGAGACCGUGUUGUUGAAAUACUACGAGAGACAGGCCGAGGAGGCUGUGGCUGCUACCUGCGCUGACGAACUAGUACGCUGUCCGUCCUGUAACUUCCCAGCAUUGUUGGAUAAAGGUGUGUCUCUGUUCAGCUGUCCCAACCCUCGCUGUCGGAAGGAGAGCUGCAGGAAGUGCCGUGUCCAGUGGAAGGAGCAUGCUGGGAAGUCAUGUGAUCAGGUCAUGGAGCGAGAUGAGAUACGCAUGAGGGUGGCCUUUGAGGAGCGUAUGACCGCAGCGCGGGUCAGGAAGUGUGUGAAGUGUGGAACAGGUCUGGUGAAGUCGGAGGGAUGUAACAGGAUGUGGUGUCGUUGUGGAGGCUACAUGUGUUACCUGUGCCGCGAGCCAAUCAGCGGGUACAACCACUUCUGUCAGCACGCCCGCUCGCCUGGCGCCCCCUGUAGGCACUGCCGGAAGUGUUCCCUCUGGACGGACCCCACGCAAGAUGACGAGCGCAUCAUUCAGGAGAUCCAGAAAGAGGGGGAGAAAGAGCUCAACAAGAAGAACGCAGAGACUUCAGGGAAGAGAUUGGGCCCGCCCCCGGAACCUGUGGUGGUUGCUAAGCGACCUCGAGCAGCACCUCCUCCACAGGCAGUGCGAGCGCCCCUAUUGGUCCCUCCUCGUGUCAUUCUGCCUCAUGGCCAGCCCUUGCCCCCCGCCCCCUACGUGCCCCCCCUCCUCCACCUGCCCCCCCUCAACUACCAUCCCCCCCUCAACCAGGUCAUCAACAACCCAAACAAUGUAGACAUCAACAUGCCCAUGCACUAUGGACCCCCCCCGCGUUACUACAGACACCUAUAACCCCCCCCCUGGAUUACUACAGACACCUAUAACCCCCCCAC